ACGUAGAGUGAUGGUGAUUAAAGCUUUUUAAAAACAAAUUGACACUUUACGUAGAGUGAUAGUGAGUAGUCACGGUUGUCUCUUGUGUAUAUACACACACACAUCUCUCUCGUGAUUCCUCUAUAGCUCUCAAUAAUAAAUGAAAAUUUGAAAGUUAUCCGACCCGAUCAUAUUUAUAUACGACCCGGAUCCGAUCAGUCAACAGAUCCAAAAUUUAAAUCUCUCUCUCUCUCUCUGUCUCUUCAUGUGCGUCUCUUUGUUACCUGAAAAAAAUCUCCGAUCUCUCUAAUCGCGAAGACAAUGGCGGCGUACAGAGCUGAGGACGAUUACGAUGUCCUCUACAAGGUGGUCCUAAUCGGAGACUCCGGCGUCGGCAAAUCAAACCUCCUCUCUCGAUUCACACGCAACGAGUUCAGCCUCGAGUCCAAAUCCACGAUCGGCGUGGAGUUCGCCACCAGAAGCAUCCGCGUCGACGAAAAAACCGUCAAAGCUCAGAUUUGGGACACCGCAGGCCAAGAAAGGUACCGAGCGAUCACGAGCGCGUACUAUCGAGGAGCGGUAGGAGCGUUCCUUGUGUACGACGUCACGCGCCGCGUCACGUUCGAGAACGUUGAGAGGUGGCUUAAGGAGCUCAGAGACCACACCGACGCCAGCAUCGUCGUCAUGCUCGUCGGCAACAAGGCUGAUCUCCGUCAUCUGAGAGCCGUCUCCACGGAAGACGCGACGGCCUUCGCGGAGAGAGAGAGCACGUUCUUCAUGGAGACGUCUGCGCUGGAAGCGUUGAACGUAGAGGAUGCUUUCACUCAGGUGCUUUCUCAGAUAUACCGCGUGGCGAGUAAGAAGGCGUUAGAGGUUGGUGGUGGCGAUGGUGCUAAGUUGCCUAAGGGGCAGAGUAUUAAUGUUGGGUCUAAGGAUGAUGUCUCUGAGGUCAAGAAGGUUGGAUGCUGCUCUAGUUAGAUCUUUUUACUUUGGUUUUCUUGUAAUGUUUUUUUAUCUAUUUUCUUUUCACGUUAUGAUAUUCAACAAGCAAAAGGUAAAAUAAAACUUCAAGGGAGCAAAACCAAAUGUACAAAAGAACCAAAGAAAGCAUGUACAGUUUUAUAGUCACUAAAGACAAUCUCAGCUAUAGAUUGUAACACAAGUUAAGUGCAUUUUACAGAACUUGGGGCUUGAAAACUUGCCCUGACUCUGUUUCGCUUUAUAAUUAAAAACAAAAAAAAAACAAAAACA